UCCCCGAUGUGAGUCGCUACCGGAUGUGAGUCGCGCAUGCGUCACUUUGCUACUUUGCGACUACCAGUGCUGUUAGCCACAGAAUGACAUUAGCCUACACAGCAGUAAUGUAUUAUUUAGCGUAAGGCAUCACAUUUUCACGGCAUAAUCUCUAAUGUCAGUUCUAGAUUAGAGGCUGAAGUAGCCUGCUAGCGAGAGACUUCUGUAAUAUCAAUAAAAAUUUACCUAUAACGAAGUUUGUUCACUGCUGGCAAGAGAACCAUCCAUGGAUUGUGAUAGUCCAGAUUUUGUUCCAUCAGUUUUUUCUCGUUGCACCCAAGAUACAACAGCGAAGAUGGCAAGUGUGAAAGAAGAGGACCAGGAAAUCCCAGUUCAGGACUCCACGGUUCAGGACUCCACGGUUCAGGACUCCACGGUUCAGGAUUCCACGGUUCAGGACACCAUGGUUCAGGAUUCCACGGUUCAGAACAUCUCAGUUAAGGACACCACGGUUCAGGAAAUCUCGCAUCAGGAAAUCUCCCAGCCUGACACAGACUCUGAUUUGGCUGAACAGAGGGAUGGUCUCAAAGUGAAUGUGAGAUGGUCACGGGAAGAGGAUGAAACCCUGAAAAUGUUGGUUCAGAACUUUGGCCAAGAAGACUGGAAGACCAUUGCCAGCUUUUUACCUGGACGCACAGAAUUCCAUUGUCACCACCGGUUCAGGAGAGUGCUUGACCCUGAACUGAUCAAAGGAGGCUGGACGAAAACUGAGGAUGAAAUGUUGGUGAAAUUGGUUGAGAUGUAUGGAAGUAAGAAGUGGACAGUGAUUGCCAGGCACCUUAAAGGUAGACAUGGCAAGCAGUGUCGUGAGCGGUGGCACAAUCACCUCGACCCCGGUGUGAAGAAGACAUCCUGGACCUUAGAGGAAGACCUGACCAUCUACAGAGCACACCGCGCGCUUGGUAACCGCUGGGCUGAGAUUGCAAAACUUCUUCCUGGAAGGACAGACAACGCUAUUAAGAACCACUGGAAUUCUACAAUCAAACGGAAAGUGGAAAUGGGUGCCUAUGAAGGGCAGGACAUCGCGCCACUUACAGCUCUUGAGAUCGGGGAGAUUGAUUUCCGCUGCGAUGUUGUUCUUGAUGCAGAACCAGCGUCUGACAAAGAGGAGGAAGUGAUUAAGACUGCAACCAUUGCACCAUUGCAGACUGUGCAUGUAGAGCCUGUACAUGUAGAGCCUGUGAAGUACAAAGUGAUCGAGAAACCUAAACCUGUGCCCAAAGCCAAACCGGCAACAGGCGUUGCACCGGUUUUGUUUGUAAAGAGGGGCAAUAGCAGUCCCACAAACAUUUGUGGUCAGCCUGGCUUAAGCAACAACAAGCAGCCAGCCCGGCAGAAGAACAUCACAGAGGCCAUGCUGCGGAUGAUCGCCAAAGACAUGCUCCCACUGAGCUUCGUGGAAGGCGCUGGCUUCCGGAGCUUCAUGGCGGCAAUCGCGCCACAGUACUCCAGACCCUCGCAGCGUUCCGUCGGGCUGAAGCUGUACGACGACGUCGAGAAGGUCAUCAAACCGCAGAUGAUCCGCAAAUUGAAGAACUGCGUUGCCUUGACCAGUGAAAGUGCCAUCAUUCAUACGACUCUGGAUCUAUGGUCCAGCCGGGGCACUGACCGAAUCAUCGCCGCACAGCUGCAUUUUCUUGAUGAGGACUGGAACAUCCAGCGCCCCCUUGUGGCUUUCCGACACCUGAGUCAUAAGAACCUGGCAGCAGCAGUGGCUCGGGAGCUGGAAGCUGUGCUCCUAAGCUACGGCCUCUUUCCAGACAACCUUGGAUACAUUCUUUUAAACGAGGCGAAGAACAGCAUAGCUACCGGUGAUCUGUUCUGCAGCUACAAAAUCAUGUGCUGCCCACAAAGGAACGAUCCGGAUGAAGAGGAACUGGUGGCCUAUCUGGAUGACGUGCCCUCCAGCAACAGCUGUUUUGAAGUCCCAUAUGGCACGCAGUCGAGCUGCGUCGCAAAUGAGUUGAACUCGGUGAUCAAAGAAGCCCUGAGGAACUCGAGGGUCGUGGAGAACCUGCUCCUGCAGGUGCACAACGUGGUGGCGUUCUUCCGCGGCAGUGCUUACUGGAACGAGAUGCUGGGGAAGGAGUGUGGCCUCUCGCUCGCCACACCGGGCAACCUCGGCAACUACCGCUGGAACUCUGUGUUCACGGCCAUCCAGAGGAUGACGCACGAGACCGCCUGGAACACAGUGGUGUCCGUGCUGGGGCAGGCGCGCAUCGAGGCCAAGGACUCGUCCACCUCCCCACCCCAGCUGAGGGCUAAACGAGAGCAGGUGCUGGACAUCAUGGGCCUGUUGGAGCCCUUCGAGGAGGCCAUCCAAGUGCUCCAGGCAGAGGGGGUGACCUUCUCCCUCAUCAUUCCAUCCCUCAUUGGCCUGAACAAAACUUUAGAGACCAGGUCGACCAACUACAGUCACUUCUGCAAGGAGCUGCGUUCUGGGCUUCACACACACUUUCAGCACCUAAUAAUGCAGAAGGACCUAAUUCUGGCCACCAUUUUGGAUCCCCGCAUCAAGCUUCAGCCCUUUGAUGAUGCAAAGCAUGAGGGUGAAGAUGCAGGUUUAACUGCACCAUCAAAAGCUCAAGUUCGAAGCCUAGUGGCAUCUGAGAUUGGUGAAGCAGACAUGUGCUUCAUAAAGGUAGAGGAAGAAGUGAAACAGGAAGUGGAUGACCAGGACAGUGGUGGGACCAACCCAGAGGACGGUAACAUCAAGCGCAAGAAGAUAUUCAGUUUUUUACAGCCAGCUGCCAAGGCCAUGAAGUUGUCCGAGCUUGAUAUCUACCUCGCAGAACCCUUGCUUGAUGGUGAUGCAUCCAUUUUGGCUUUUUGGAAAAAGGCUACUCAUUUCUCGCAGCUCCAGAACAUUUCUCGCAAGUUCCUGGCCAUCCCGGCUACCUCCGGGGGAUUUGAUCGUCUAUUUCCCAUGGCAUCUUGUAUCGUGCGGGCCAGAAGGAGUAGGUUACCGCCCCACACAACGGAAAGGCUGCUACUGUACAGAGAGUCUCUUAAGUCAAAGAAUGCUAUAGCUUAGCAAAAGAGCAAUCAUACAAAACACACACAUACAAAAAUACCUCAAACUAAUGAAUGACAUAAACUCAUCAAUUAACUGCAUUGUAUUUCAUUCAAAACAUGAUUGUCUAUUCAUAGCUGUUUCUUUUUGUUGGUUUCCAUCCUCAGUCUAAAUAAGCUGCCAUUGAGCUUGUAGUUUCACACUCAUGUACCACUACAUCAUAUUGAUUAUUUUCCUGUAGCGGUAGUAAUUGUUGAAUUAAUAAUCAAAUCAUGAAUUAUAUUAGGACAUAUUUCAUUCAUUCUUUGUGUCUUUGAUUCAUUUUCCGUCACCUACCUCCAGCAAACCUGAUAUCCACAGUCACAGCGUGCCCUUGACAUGGACAUUGUACGUAAGGCAUCUUGUUGAAAAUGAAAAUACGUACAUUCUUUCAAUUAUUGGAACUGCAUUAUGGUGAACACAAUGACUAAUGCUGAUUUUGAAGAUCACAAACUCUCAUAUUCUCAUUUAUUUUUAUAUUUACAGUUUUUGAGAAAUAUUUUUUGUAGGCAGAAUAAAUUAUCUGCAUCUAA